AUGCCAAACCUCAAGAGCGACCUCGAUUACCUUCUGCGGGACCCGGACAGAGUGCGCAACUACGGCAAAUACGUCAACAGUCGGGUUCGCGCGAGACGUCGCGACGAUUGCGGAAAAUUUCGUGACGAGGUUCUCAAUUUGAUGCGCCAUAUCCCAGAAUUUGCGCACCUCAACAUUGUGCAUAUUGAGAAGGCCGAACGCGGGUGGAAGAACGACUUGACGGCGCGCCUCCUGUGUCCUAUGCAACUGAUCCCCAGAUUUGAUCGUGAUCCCACUCAGUUCCGUGCUGAUGUGCGCAAUGCCAAGACCGAGAUUCAUUGCGACGACUUCUUCUCGGCUUUGUAUGAUACUGACAUGCAUGAUCCGGAGGAUUUUCAGAGUGGCCUGUUUCGUGGGCCGCUCCUCCUCAAAACGUUUGAAUGGUUGUUCUGCGGCCGAAAAGUGGCUAGGGGGACACUACAAUUCGGCGAGAAGGCGUCCGGCAAGGAGCCGUUCCUCGCUGCGUACAAGAUAACCCAAGUCACACCCCAGAUGAUUGCCUACGCCGCUUGUAUCCUCCAAUUUGCUCUGAACAGCCAGAGUGAGUGGUCCCGAAAAGACGGCAAUUUCGACGUGACAGGUUUCCACACCAACGUUGCGAUGUCCUUCAUCCUCGACGAAUGGGCGGAUGACACUCUGGCCUGGUGGGACAAGGCGAUUUUUGGAUCAGCAAAGGGUGCGUCCAGUGCAGCCCCUGUCAUCACUGGUCCUCGCACAGGCUCCAUGGCGGCACAGCUUGCCGAUCAGAUUGCCGCUCAAGCAUCCUCCAGAUAA